UAGGUAACGGAUCGUUGGAUCCUAUGUUUUUAUCCAUUUCACUAAUCUGUUUAAUCUGCUUACAUUUAAAGUCAUUACUGAUAAGGAAGGAAUUCCUUCUGUGGUUUGCUCUUUGUUUUCUAUAUGCCUUAAUUGCUUUCUGUCUCAAAUUUUCUGCAUGACUAUCUUCUUUUGCAUUUAGUUGAUUUUGUUUUGUAGUGAAACAUUUUAAUUCCCUUCUCAUUUCCUUUUGUGUAUGUUCUGUGGUGUGUGUGUGUGUGUGUGUGUGGUUGUGUGUGGUUACCAUGGGAUUGCUUUUAACAUCCUAAAGUUACAACAUUGUAGUGUCAAUUUAUACCAGCUUAUCCUCAAUAUCACAUGAAAACUCAGCUACUUUACAGCCCUGACCCCACCUUCUGUCAGUUGUUAAUGUCACAAAAUUACAUCUUUAUGCAUCUUGUGUCCAAAAGCAUAGAUGAAUAAUUAGGUUUUUAAAUAUAUCAGUCUCUUAACACAGAGAACAAAAAGUAGAGCUACAGACCAAAGUGAUAACAGUACUAGCGUUCAAAAUUGUCUGUCUGUUUACUUUUACCGGAGAUUAUCUCUUCAGAAGGCUUCGAGUUACUUGUUCAGUGCCCUUUCAUUUCAACCUGAAGGACCCCCUUCACUGCAGGGCCGGUCCAGUCAUCAGGGCAAGGCUUUCAGCUUUGGUUGAUCUGGGAAUGUCUUCAUUUCUUCCUCAUUUUUGAAGGACAGUUUUCCCAAAUGUAGGAUUCUUGGUUGACAGCUUUUUUCCUUCAAUGCUUUAAACACAUGAACCCAUGCCUUCUAGCCUCCAAGGUUUCUGAUGAGAAAUCUCCUCACAACCUUAUCAGUGAAAAUAUGAUGAAAAGCAAUCUUCCUCUGAGCUUUAUAGAUGUUAGUAAUGAGCCUUAUCGUGUUUUACACAACACAACAUUUCCUUAUAGGUUGUAGCACCGUUUUGAGACCAGGAACUGGGUAUUUUAAGUGUAGACAUUACGAGGUGUAUACAAGCCAAAAUUACAGUUUUCUAAACUUGAAGUGAAAGGCCACUGAACCAUCUUAUAGAUUUUGAUUUCUAACAAAGUAAAUAUCAAUCUUGAAAAGCCCACACAAACAAAUAAAAAGCCCAUUGGGGGUCUUUUUUUUUUUAUUGAGUAAAGGGGUUUUGGGAAUAAAAAGUGAGGAAACCACUGUGGUCUCAGACAUCCCCAGCCAUGAUUGCAUACUUGGCCCAUUUCUUGCUGUGCCCUCACAAAGCCCCAUUGUGAAGUCAUGGCAAGACCUGUCUAUAUAAGACCCUGGCUCGGCUGGGUGUUUGGUCUUACAGCCCAGGAAGCUUUGGUGACCUGUCGGCCUUUGACCCUAGCUAGUUUGAUUUCGACUUCUCUUUUUUUCAUUUUGUUUAUUUAGUUUUUUAUUUUCAUUUUUCUUUUUUCUCUACUCCUUUUCUCUCCCAAUUUUUUUUGCCUUUUUCUGUUUUUACUUUUUUCUUUUUUCUCCUUUUUUAGUUUUUCUUUUUCUCAAUUUUUCUUCGUUUCCUCCCUUCAUUUUCUUUGUGUGUGUGUGUGUGUGUGUGUGUGUGUGUGUGUGAGUGUGUGUGUUUUUCAUUUGUUUCUUUUGUGUUAGCGUUUUAGUACAGUUAGUAUAGUUCAUAUUGUUAGUACAGUUCAUAUUCAUAGUAUUGUUAGUAUUGGCAAAUUUUGUAGGUUGGUAUUGUUGGUUAGCAUAGUCCGUGUAAUUAGCAUUAUUUAGCGUUAGUAUAGUUAGUAGGUCACCAUGCUUCAGGGGCGUAAGGCCAUUACCGCUGGUGAGGAGGACACCUGUAUUUACGAGAUCCCCAAGACCACCAGUGAGGGCAGCAUCCCCACGAUGAAGCUGGCCCCGCACAUCCUAACCGGGAAGCAGUCUGAUGUGAAGUUCAUCAGGAAAACCCAGAAGGACCCCGCUGGCCUCCAGGGACUUUGUCGUGAAGCCCAGAAUAUGAAGACCUCAAGUCACCCAAGUAUUGUCGUGUCACUUGAGGUGAUCAACACCAAGGAAGCCUUAGUUCUCCUUUCAGAAUAUGUAAGCAGGGACAACCUGUGUGAUGAAUUUACGCACCGUGGCCAAGGGACGGAGGAGGUUCCAGACAAAUUCUGCCGGCUGUUAUCGGUUGUGGAGUACUGCCACCAACAAGGUAUGAUCGGCAGGUAUCGGAAGCUGGAGACACUGCUUUUUGAGAAGAAGCUGAAGGUAAAACACACGGGGGGUGGACUGAGCAUCCAGUUUGCUGGCUACAAACUCCACACUUUCUGGGACAGCCCCCCUUAUUCUGCUGCGCGACUCUUCCUGCAGCAAAGGGACGACACCCCUUCCGCAAACGCUUGGAGCCUGGGGGUGGUUUGGUACUGCUUGGCCACCGGGUUUGAGCCGUUUGAGGGGGAAGUCUUCUGGGACGCGGAACGAAAUAUCGAAAACAGGGAACACAGUGCUUUGAUUUUCAUGUCCCUGGAGACUGAAAACAUGUGGUACACGUUGACAACUAUCCAGCCCAUGAUCAGCACACCAAACAGAGUCUAUUGCUGGGGCUCCGUCCCAACCUGUUCCAGCACAGGCCUGUCCUCAGAGCGGAGUAGUCUGACCUCCGAAGGGACCAGCAUAGGGACCACGAUUACCGGGCCCAGAUGCAACUCACCAGCCACAAACUCCAACACCAGCAGUGAAUGCAGGCAGCCAGGGAGGAUGUCCCUAGAGCCAAAAAAUCAGGUUCUCAAAGCUCUUGAUAAAUUCAAAAAUUUAUUCAAAAAAACCAAUAAAAUAGAACCCUAAAAAAAUGCAAAUAAAUGAGAGCCAUAAGAGAGCCACGUGUCCGUGCCUUUAUUUUAUUUUGUUUUUUAACUUUAAAGGGACUUAAAUGUUUGUUUUGAAACAGAAGGGACAGUGCGAGUGGGGGAGGGACAGAGAGAGAAUCCCAAGUCUACUCUGUGCUAUCAGCUCGGAGCCCGACGCGGGGCUCCAGCUCACAAAACAGAUGGUGACCUGAGCAAGACCAAGAGUGGGACACUUGAGCCACUGAGGCCCACCCAGGAGCCCCCUCCCUGCGUUUUAAGUGCAGGGAGCUAGCUGAGCUCCAGGAAGCCCGGGGACAUGGCACAGGAGAUUGGCCAGGGCGACGGGUGGGACCAGAUCCAGAACAGCUUCACAGGCUGGAGGAGUGUCGGUGGGAUAGUGACCUGCUGGAUUUGGAGUUGUAGGAAGCACAAGGUAGAGGUGGUGAAGUUUUGGAGUGAUGGGGGGUUCGUGGGUCUGGAGCCGAUGGCCAAGCAAGAAUUCGUGAAGAAGUCUUUGGUGCAAAAAGGUGAUUUUAUUAAAGCACGGGGACAGGUCCAUGGGCAGGGAGAGCUGCACUGGCGUCGUGACGGGCAGCUCAUUAUAUACCCUCAGGUUGGGAGGGGGUUAGGGAGAGAGCCAGAAUUCCUUGGAGACUUACUCUAGGACUCAAGGUUCCAGGACCUUGAGGGGCUAGCUGUUGCCACGAAUAUGCCGUUUCUUGCCGUUUAAUGAAACCUCAGCCAUGAGACCCUUUAGAUGGAUCUGGGCAGGCCAUAAGCGUGGAGGAUGAUUGCCAGCAUAUAUGUUGCGGGGGUUGAGAUGAAGUAGAUUUGUCAUUGUCAUA